UAACCAGUUACAUUAUUAAUUGCCAGACAUGAUGUUAAAUAAUACAUAAUUAAUUUAAAAUAUUUAGUUAGUUUUUUAUGAACCGUUGAUCAAUCAAGUUGUGUUUUAUUUUUUAUUUUUCCGACAAAUUAUCUUAUUGAAUUUUACGAUUAAAUAUUUUCAGUUUUAUCAAAAACCAUGAAUUUACAGAAAUUUUCAAUCGAUUUUCCAUCUUUAGUUUAUUUGGUGCGAAAUAAUUCUUAUCCAGUCUAUUCAGAUUCUACAACAUUUUUAUCGAGAUUAAAAUCAUAUAAUUCUUUUCCAUCCACUUCGUGUCAAAAUAAAUAUACAUUAUCUGAAUCUGGUUUCAGAUAUACAGGAGUAGGAGAUAUAGUUGAAUGUUUUUUCUGUGGACUUGUUUUACAAAAAUGGACAAAUGAUGACAUACCGUGGGUUGAACAUGCAAAAUGGAAUCCUAAAUGUAUAUUUGUUUUACUAUGUAAGGGAAAUGAAUUUAUAGAAAAUGUAAAAAACGAAUAUGUAAAAGCAGGUCAUGUUUGCGAUUGUAACCAGUCUAAAUCAUAUGACACCACUUGUUUAACGGAUCAGUCUGGAAAAGCUGCGCCACAAAUAGAACUUGAACAAGUUAUAACCUCAGUUUUCAAAUAUGUGUUGUAA